AUGGUUUAUUAUGACGAUGCUUUCGGCUUAUCCCGUCAAUAUGGUUCAGGCUUUGUGACCCCACUACCUGGUGUACCGAUCUCAGUACCGGUCUCAGUACCUACUCCUAUCGAACGUACAAAAGCUAAAGCAGGUAUCUAG